CGUCGCUGCUGCUCGCUCUGUUGAUCAUCUCGGACAUCAUCGACCCUACGCCGUCGCCGACACCGACACCCACCAGCAUGCUCCGCACACCUGCACUCCGCGCCGCGCGCGCCUCGGCCCGCGGCUUCUCGACCUCGGCUGCGCGCCGUGGCGGACACUCGGGCGGCUCGAGCCACGCCGACACUGUCGAGACCUUCUUCGACGCCAAGUGGGCCACCCGCGCGCUCCUCGUCUCCGCCGCGGUCCUGCUGUGGCCCUACCUCCCCGAGCGCCCCACCUCGGCCGCGUCGCCGUCGCUCGCGCCCGCCGCGGCCGAGAAGGAGGCGACCUCGGCCCCCUCGUUCAUUACCCGCGCCAUUGCGUCGGGCACCAAGGAGGACGCGGAGAACUGGGCCAAGCGCAACGACCAGCACCUCGCCCUGACGCGCGAGCAGGCCGACGAGAAGAUCCUCGUGCAGGAGGCUGAGCGGCCCAAGGUGUGGCGGAUGCGUUAUCCUAGCUCGUUCGAGCAGGCGUCCCCGCACGGCAUCCCCGUCGGCUCGCAGGCCGACCUCUCGGACCUCAAGGUCAAGUCGGACUAAACGAGUAGAGACAAACAAACAAGGCGGCUAGAGCAUCGGAUGCACAUAUGGAAAUG